AAUUAUGCAGCAAAGCUGUGUGUGUGUUUCCUAAACGCUAAACCGCGGAUAUACACGAAAUAUUUCAACAAAUUUGAAAACACGGAAGUAAUAACUGAGCCUUAGAAUAUGACAGCAAUACUGGUGGGAAUAACCAUUAUAUGGAUAUGUGCGAAGAAUGUUGGUGCCUUGCAAUGUCAUUCCUGCGACAACGCACCGAACAUAACGGAUUGCAAUCAGACGGUUACGUGCAAACAACAUCAGUCCUGCUCCACGUUUGUUUCACAAGGACCAACGAAGACGUUUACACUGGCAUGUAUGGAUAAUCAGUUAUGUCAAAGAGAUCCCGGUAUAAUCGGCAAACGUCAAACCAUGGCAUGCUACGAAUGUUGUGCCAGCGAUUUGUCCUCUGCUUGUCAAGACGACGAAUCGUUUGAUUGCCCGCGGGCUAACACUCAUUUUGGAAUUUGCAAUAAUAUCGACGAGGCAAAGAAGAUAUGUCCUAACUUUUGUGGAAUUUGCCCAGUUGAUGGUCAGUGGACAAACUGGAGUGAAUGGACUGCAUGUGACGUCACAUGCGACCAAGGCAACAACACACGCAUGAGAACAUGUACCAACCCGGAACCAAAGAACAACGGCAGUGACUGUGUAGGCGAUGCCAAUGAAUAUAAACGUUGCGACCGCGAACCUUGCCCUGUUCACGGUGGUUGGAGUACUUGGUUACCAUGGGGAUCGUGUUCGGUGUCCUGUGGAAUUGGCAUUGGCAGUCGAGAUAGGACAUGCACUAAUCCAAAACCGGAGCGAUUUGGUGACCACUGCUUUGGCAAGCCGCAGGAAAGCAAAAUUUGCACUUCCCGCCCAUGUACAAUUGAAAACUGUCUUGACAUCCGGGAUAGGAUGACCGGAGCUUCCUCGGGAGUUUUUACCAUUUCAACACCCGUGACGAGGACAUCCAUACAAGUCUACUGCAAUAUGGAUACUGCGGGCGGUGGAUGGACUGUUUUCCAAAGGCGUUUCAAUGGGUCUCUUGAUUUCUACAAAAGAUUUCAAGACUAUGAAAAUGGCUUUGGAUCCGCUGAUGGAGAACACUGGUUAGGCUUGAUAAACGUUAAUGAAUUGACAACCGUUGGAACGAAUGAACUUCGAAUUGAUAUAAUGGAUGUAAAUGGCACAAAGGCUUUUGAAGUUUAUUCGGAUUUUCUAGUUGAACAGGGCUCAAAUUAUACACUUCAUCUAGGAGCUAGGACGCUACAUAAUGCAAUGUCUGGAAACUUUACCAUGGUCGACAAAACGUAUGGCGAAAAUGGAAUGCCGUUUAGUGCAAGCGACAAGGACAUGGAUGAAUGUCGAUACUCGUGUGCACAAACUAUCCUAACUAGUUCUGAGUUUGCCCAGAUUUAG